AUGGAUAACUCUUUCAUAAAUUUCCCAGUCAAACUGAGGGAUCCAUCUUUGUUCGACGGCCGAGGUCUUCUGAAUGGCCAAUGGAGGCAUGCUUUCCCACAGAAAGAAUUCCCAGUAUAUGAGCCGUCCUCAGGCCAAAUACUGGGAUUUUGUGCGAACCUUAGUGGAGUAGAUUUCAGGGAGGCGAUUGAGAGUGCCCAUAAUGGAUACAAGCAAUAUUACUCCUCAACUACAGCGAAGGAGAGAGGCUCCCUUCUUCGCAGAUGGAAUGAGUUAAUCCUGGAGAACGUCGAAGACUUGUCUAGUAUUCUUUCUCUCGAGAAUGGCAAGGUUCUCGCAGAGGCGCGAGGUGAAAUAAAUUAUGCCGCAUCCUUUGUCUCCUGGUUUGCCGAAGAGGCUGUCCGGUCCUAUGGCGAUGUUAUACCAUCUUCGUAUAAAGAUGCAACGGUCAUUACCACCAAACAGCCUGUUGGAGUAUGCGGAGUUAUCACCCCUUGGAAUUUCCCCGCCGCCAUGAUCACUCGAAAGAUUGCCCCAGCAUUUGCGGCCGGAUGUUCCGUUGUGAUCAAACCUCCGAGCGAGACCCCCUUCAGUGCGAUUGCUUUGGCUAAACUUGCUUUACAAGCGGGCUUCCCUCGUGACAUUAUACACGUUGUUCCGACGAAAGAUCGCAGCGCGUCCUUGGAGCUCGCUACCCAUUGUUUAGUCAAGAAGCUGAGCUUUACUGGAUCAACAGGAGUUGGUAAACUGCUCGCCAAACUCGCUGCCGGAACCAUGAAACGGGUCAGCAUGGAACUCGGUGGUAAUGCGCCGUUGAUUGUUUUCGAUGACGCAGAUCUUGACAAAGCUGUCGAAGGGACCUUGAUCUGCAAAUUCCGAUCUUCGGGUCAAACAUGUGUCUGUGCAAACAGAAUAUUUGUUCACGAGGAUAUUUUAGAGGUCUUCACUCAGAGAAUGAUCGAACGCGUGCAGAAGUUCAAGUUAGGACGUGGUAUUGACUCCGGCGUAACUCACGGUCCGCUCGUCAACGCUUCUGCCCUUGAGAAAGUCGAAAUCCAAGUGCAAGAUGCGAUCAAAAAGGGUGGGCAGCUUCGAUACGGUGGGGCUAAACCACUUGAAGCACCCGCUGGGUACUUUUACCAGCCGACCAUUAUUACCAACGCGACUAAGGAUAUGCUUGUCUAUCAAGAGGAGACGUUUGGACCGUUGGCGGCAGUAUUUUCGUUCUCUGAUGAGGAAGAGGUGAUUGCUUUAGCGAACGACACGGAAUUUGGCUUGGCAGGUUACAUCUUCAGUGAAAACAUCAGUCGCGUACACCGUGUUGCAAAGCGACUGGAGUGCGGGAUGCUUGGUGUUAAUACAGGCGUGAUCAGUGCGGCGGAAACCCCGUUUGGGGGGGUUAAGGAAAGCGGGGUUGGACGGGAGGGAAGCAAGUAUGGGCUAAGUGAGUAUCAAAACAUCAAAGCAGUCACAAUUGCGGGUUAG